AGAAAGCCUGCAAGCAGCUCCUUUGGUCGCAUUACUCGAAGCAGACGCAGUUCAAAGUUGUGUUAACCCCGCAUCGCUGCUUUAUCUCCACCAGGAGACAGUGAGCGAAGUCCGCGACGCGUGGCACCCGCUGCCUGCCGAGUAAGCCAAGCUGCACUGCAUAAAGGAUGGCACAGCAACCCCCACCAACCUACGUCUUCACGGGCGACCGUCGGAGAAUCGAGCCCUACGUCUACGCCUACACCAUGCACUGCAAGGGCCGCUGGUGCGGCCGGCGGCCCGACGAGGUCUUCGGGACCGAGUUCAAGAUGAACCCUCCGGCCUACUACGAGGAAGCUCUACGGGAUGGGCGCAUCACCGUCAACGACGCGCUGUGGGACGGGCAGUCGACGCUGCAGCAGGGGGAUGUGAUUCGGCACCUCGCGCACCGCCACGAGCCGCCCGUGCCGAAAGGGCCGAUCCGCGUCGUCGGCCUCACGGAAAACGCUUUAGCGGUGGACAAGCCGCCCGGCCUGCCCAUGCACCCGUGCGGGAGCUACCACCACAACACGCUGACCUCUUUACUAAGGGAGGACUUCACUACCAGAUCUUUCGUCUGCGCCGAUGGUGUCGACUGGGCGGAGGCGCAGCGAGCCGCCCGCCAAGGUCUCAGGCAGGUGCACCGCUUGGAUCGGUUGACGUCGGGUCUCGUGAUCUUCGCGCGGUCCGCAUCCGCGGCUCGGACGCUCUGCGAGGACAUCGGCCAGGGCCGCACGCAGAAGACUUAUAUAGCACGCGUCCGCGGUUGUUUUCCCGACGACGCGCCGGUCCUGAGGCCGGAGAAGCGGCCGCGCAACGCCGAGCUCGCCGACGGCUCGUGGCGCAUUGACGGCGACUGGGUCGAGGUGUCCUGUUCAUUACGGACGGCGUCGCACCGCGACGGCGUCUGCGAGUGCGCGCCCGACGCCGAGGACGCGAAGGCGGCGCGGACGAAGUUCCGGCUCGUGCGCAAGUUGAGUGAUGGGACAUCAAUUGUGGAAUGUAGGCCGCAGACGGGGCGCACGCACCAGAUCCGGCUGCACCUCCAGUUCCUGAACCACCCCAUCGCGAACGACCCCUGCUACGGCGGCGAGCUGGGCUUUGCCGGGAGUUCUUUGGUGGACGACGCGCCGCCGUCGUCCUCAGAGGUAUUAGACCCGACCGGCCCGCGGCGGCCGGGCGAGUCCGACGCGGACUUCGUGCGGCGCAAGUGCGCGCGCUGCGCCUCGAAGCUGGACGUCAUAGAUGCGUCCGAGGAGCGUGCCUCAUGCGUCUUCCUCCACGCGCGGUCCUACGCGGGGCCGGGCUGGGCCUUUGCGACGGUCGAGCCGGCCUGGGCGGCCGAGUAGUAGGUGUCCCUGUGGUGUGUGUGUAACUUGUCUCGUUUCGU